AGGGAGGUAGACUAAAAAGCGAAGGGUUUCCUGAGAAGUGUGUUUAUAUAUUCGUUUGAAGGUUCUCGCACCGUGAUAAGAGGAAGCGUGCGGUGUUUUUGUCAAGCCUGUAUGCUUGCAGAAGUGCGUUGCGGCAGCUACGAUUUGACGAUCACUUCUGUAAACGUCUAGUCGAUUGUAACAGUAUGUCACAGUGGCAAAACUUGCGGGAGCUGGAUACAGUGUAUCAGCAGAGAGUGUCUGAUCUGUACAACAGGGAUGAAUUCCCUAUGGAUGUGAGGCAUUACCUGGCACACUGGAUUGAAGGCCAGGACUGGGAACGUGCGUCCCGGGAGCCCUCCCUCGCAGUGCUUUUGUUUCAGGUGCUUUUGGAGAAUCUGGAUAACCAGUUCAGCCGUUUCGCUCAAGACAGAGAGAGUUUCCUACUGCAGCGCAAUUUCAGACGCUACAAACAAAAUUUUCAGAUGUAUCAAGAGGAGCCUUAUAAUCUUGCUGUUAUUAUUCACUGGUUCCUGACAAAGGAGAAGGAGAUCUUGAAUGAUGCAGAUCUUGCACAGAAAGUGCAGACGUUGCAGGUUCAGCCAGCUCCGAUGGAGAUGGAGAGCCAGAGAAAAAUAGAAAAAAAAGUAAAAGAGCUUAAACAAAAAGCAGAGGUGAUGGAGCAUUACAUAAGAUGUUUGGAGGAGCAGCAGGACGAGUUUGAUUUUAAAUAUCAGACAAACAAAAUGGACUCUGGCCCAGCAGAGGAAAAGAACGUGCAAGAUCAAGUACUCCAAAAGAUGCUCAACGCACUUGAUAAAUCCAGAAGGAAAUUCCUGGCUGAUGUUUCGACUAUGAUGAGCUCUGCAAAUUGUCUGUGCUCGCUGCUUGUAGACGAGGAACUGGUGGACUGGAAGCGGAGGCAACAGAUAUCUUGCAUUGGUGCUCCAGAUGAUACAAGUCUGGAACAAUUAGAGAGAUGGUUCACCCAGACAAUAGAGUGUAUGUUUCAGCUUCUGAAGUUCUUACAGAAGCUUGAUGAGCUGGGGGGGAAGAUGACCUACAUAAAUGACCCCAUCUCUGCCCAAAAAACACCCUUAAAGGAAGAAUCAGAAGGUCUCCUUACUCGUUUGCUAAAGAGCGCAUUUGUGGUGGAGUCUCAGCCAACCAUAUCUCAAGGUCGAGGGCCACUGAUGCUACGCACAAAUUCCCAAUUCUCAGUAAAAGUCAGAUUCUUGUAUAAAGUUCCAGAGCUCAACCAUUUUAUGAAAGUGAACGUCUUCAUUGAGAAGGCGGCUGCAAAAUUAAAAGGGUUUCGAAGGUUUAACGUUCUGGGAACUAUAAGUAAAGCCCUUAACAUGACUGAAAGUUUGAAUGGGGGUAUGGUGGCUGAUUUCAGACAUUUGACUUUGAAAGAUCAGAAAGUUGGUAGUGGGGGAAAAGGAAUCAGUGAUCUCCUAUUGAGUGUAACCGAGGAACUGCACAAAAUACAUUUUGAGACACAGUUUGACUACCAAGGCCUGUCCGUGUCCUUGGAGACCUCUUCUCUUCCUUUUGUGGUCAUUUCUAACUCCAGUCAGCAGCAAAGCGCCUGGGCAUCUGUUUUGUGGUUUAACAUGCUGUGCUCGGAUCCCAAGAACUUAAAUUUUUUUGAGAGCUCUCCUGUAGCCACGUGGGCACAGUUUGGGGAGAUGUUGAGUUGGCAGUUUGUCUCAUGUGGAAACCGUGGUCUGGACAGCGAUCAGUUGGAGACCCUCGCCAUCAAACUCUUCGAUAAACAAAGCAGUUAUGACAACUGUACGAUAUCCUGGGCAAGGUUCAGUAAGGAGAACAUACCUGGUACAAACUUUAGCCUGUGGGUGUGGCUGGAUGGUGUUCUCAACCUGGUUAAAACCUACCUAUCUGAUCUUUGGAGUGAUGGGUCGAUAAUGGGUUUCGUGAGUAAGGGGAAGGAAAAAGUUUUGUUGAAGAAGAAACAGCAUGGCACUUUCCUGCUGCGUUUUAGUGAGAGUAUCAGAGAUGGUGGAAUCACAUUCAGCUGGGUGGAGUAUUCAAACAACGGCACACCAAAUGUGCGUGCAGUGCAGCCGUUCACAGGCACAGACCUGAAGCAGAUUGCUUUACCCAACAUCAUUCGCAACUUUCAGAUCAUGCAAGCAGAAAACAUUCCAGUUAACCCGCUCUGUUACCUAUACCCCAAUACUCAUAAAGACCAGGCCUUCGGCAAGUAUUACAGCGAAGAGACUGGAGAUGAGAUUCCUUACCUGAAGUACCUCAGAACCAAACUGGUAUUUGUCUCUGAAGAGAAAGGAUGUACAAACUCCAGAGAGGAGCCAGUUUCUGACCCACAGCUAAGCGACUCUCCUUGUUCUGAGGUGGACAGUGAUGACAUGCCACCACCGUCCGAAAACUCACCAAUGUUCUCCAGCUUCUCCAAUAAUGCCGAUUUAGUCAACAGCAUAUUGGAAGACAACCUUAGCAGCGUUGCAGAGACAGUUAGCCACUUUUCAUCCUCAUUCCUCCAAGACCCUCCUCCACAAAUAAAUGUGGAAGACCUUUUUCCGGAAGCACUGUCACCAGACACAGAUGAUAAUGAUGCAUUGCGAAAUUUUCUAAAUGGUCCAAACAUGCUGAAUGAAGUUAACAGUCGCUUUUUGCAGGAUGAACAAGGAUUUUUUUUAGAUCAUUUUGUGGAGGAAAUUGGCUAUUCUCUUAGCAAUCCACUAACCCCCUGAAUUUUUGCUUUUAAUUCAUAACCCAUGACCAGCUUAUUUUGAUGUUCACAUAUAAUUACACAAAUAUCUGACUCACUGAAACUAUACACUUUAUUGAAGCACUAGUCAUGUGUUAACACCUGCUAUGUUAAUCGGGCACUGCGAAUUGCGAGAAUCUCAUGAACUGCACAGAUGUUUUUAUCUGUCAGAUCAUUAUUUGUUAAUCACUUAACGUUGGGUCCUGAUCACCCCGUCGUGGUAUAUUCUGUUAUACGUCGCCAGCUUUACAUGAUUCCACAUAUUAAUCGUGCAUGUUUAUUUUGAAUUAAUAUGUAGUAUUCAACUGACUCGCAGUCCCCGGAUGACCCUUUGUUAUUAGUUUUAAACACUUGUUAUGUAAGGGAUAGGAAAUAAGCAGUCGGCCGUUAAAGCGAAAUAAGUCCCGACAGUGUGAUCAGGACCUGACCUGGACCUGGUUUUGUAUCACACUGAAGGGCCUUAUUUCAUGAUAACAGCCAGCUGCUUGAACAUUAUCCUGCUUAUUUCAUGGCUACUUACCACAUGAGAAAAAACGGUGGAUAAAAUGGGAAUUUUAAAUAUUUUGCCCGAAUGCAGACCUUCCGCUAUGAAAGCCGUUUAGUUGUGGUUUUAAAGUAAGAAACGACAUUCAAACGUCACAAACAGGCAAAUUGGUUUAAUCAUUUGUAAAUAUAAUGUAAUAUAUGAUACUUAAAGAUAUAUCUAUAAUUAUUUUUUGUGAAAUAUUGAACUGCACCUCUCAAAAUGAUUUGCAGCAUCCGGGUUUACAGGGUGUUAUUAGUUUUUAAAAGUCACAACUGGCCAAUCAGAAUCAAGCAUUCAAAUGAGCCUUGUAAUAACAAGGAAUAACAGACCUUGGAAUGUCACGACUAAUCCGUCAGAAUCAAGUAUUCAAGAGCGCUGUAAUAAUAUAGAAUUAACUCACAAGUAGAAUGAUUUAAUUGAAGAAAUGAAUGGUAAAAGACAUUUGUCUCCAUUUUUAACACUUAAUUAUUUGUGGGAAUAUGGUAAUAUCCUAAAACAGAUGCUUGAUUCUUUAUUUCACAAUGUUACUUUUGUAACAUUAUUAAUAUGUUUAUGAUGCUACUUUUGUAAUCUUCUAAUAGUAAGAUGAGGCUUUAUAUAUCUGCAAGUCAUGAUAUUUUUCAAUGAAAAACUAUAGCAGUGAUUUUUAUUCUAGAUUUACCUAAAAUUACCUGUGAUGUAAAUUAAUUGUAAAUGUCUAGUGGCAAGCAAAGUUUUCUCUUGCGUUGUGUUAGAACAUUAACCUCUACUUGUCCUUUUUUUGCAUCACCAUAGGCCCCCUUUCAGUUAGUUGUUAACAUUGUGACAAGUUUUUGUGGGCGGAGCAUAGGUGCAGAAAGAUUCCGUAGCCGCAUUACUAGCGGUUACAAGCAUGUUUUGAUAGCUUUUUUUUUUAAUAACUGGAGAAAAUACAAUUUAAUUCGAAACAUGUACGGUCAGUAACUGCCUGGGACUGUUACUGUUGUUUAAAAUGUGAACUUUAACAGAAGGAACCAGAUUGGCCAACCUGUAUACACUGACUCAAUAGAUGGAUGAACUGUAAGGAUUACCUUCCAUACCAGUUAAGAGGUCUGACAUCUACACAUAACAGUUAAAGAAACCAAGAAUGUUUAGUAAAGAAGAACUGAGAACGUAUAACGUUGCAUGUUAAGAUGCUUAUAUACUCCAUGGCAAACGGCAAAAAGUGCUACUUCUUUACACACUUGAGACAUAAAAUGAAAUUACUCACUGUUUUCUCUCCCCACAUCUACUAAAGCAAAAACAGUUUCCCAUGUUUAGUUUCCCGUCGUUGGCUAACUGCUAAGAAAGUUAGCAUAUAUAUGCGCUAAAAUGGGAGAAUAACUUAUCAUGUUUGCACACCUAAUCACAACAACGGGGGAACAAGUUACGUCUUUAGGCACAUACCCAAAUCAUAAUCCGUACCUAUAAAAGAUAUGACUUUAUUUAACUUCAAGCGAUUUAAAGUGUAUAGUGAAAACGGCAGCAUGUUUGAUGAUCAAAUUGUUUCUGUUGCCAGUCUUUUUGUUUGGCAAUGUCAGCAGGUAACUUUAUGUGUCAAAAUAUCAAAUUGGAGACUAUUCAGUCGAUUGUGGUACCAAACUACAAAACAAGAUGAUAUUUCAAACUCCUUUUGUAGCCGAAUCUUUGGUGGUUUGUAUUGACUGCCUCUAGUUUUGCCUCCAGCUAGCACCGUGGACAUAAUCUUGAUGUCGGCCGUAAAUGGGUCUAUUGGGGCAUAUUGUUGGGAAGUAUCUUAAUGUGUUACUUGUAAUAUUGCACUUUUAUUGCAACUCAACUGGAUUCUUUUUAUAAUUUAAAAAAACAUUCGAUGGCUUUUACUAAAUUGCACAAGCCCAAGAAAAUAGAAAAGUACAAUUUUCCUGUUUCCAGGACUGAUGGCUGAUUCAGCAUUUACAAAUCAUGAUUAGUCAAAAAAACUAUUUAUAGCUUUGGUAAAACAGGAAGUUGCGCUUUGCGAUUUGGGACUUCAUUUAUUUGCACUUUUUAAAAAAUUAAAAACUUAGUCAAUGGUAAGUUUUUUUUUUCUUAGUUUUGUUAAUCUGUUUAUUUGUUUCCCAUAAUGAAAGACUUGAUUUGGUCAAGGAAUUUCUGAAUGUAUGACCUGGUAUUGUACCUUUAUCCCCUUAUUGACUCAUGCUGAAAUUGUCAAGGUUAGUAAUCCUUUACUAUGGGAAUUUUGAGUCAGAAUGUAUGCUUGAUAAAACUGCCAUUGGCAGAGAAUGGCAAAGAAAUGCACUUCAGUGGAAUCCAGACGCAUAGAAUGCUUCUGAUUUCUUGUUAAACUUAAUGAUUUUUACUCUCUUUUUUUCUUCAUGGCUUUGUAGACAUGUAUUCAUUUAUAUUGGUAGAGCAUGUUUUUGUGUGUUUUUUGUUUGUUUAUGUGAUUACUGGAUUAAAUUCUAUGCCAUGUAUAUAGUCAGGUAUAUCUCUUUGUGUUGUCUCUCAACAGUUUGCUAGAAUGUCAUAAUCAUGAUUUGUCAUGAUUGAACCAGUCAGUAUCCAUUCUAAUACUUUUAGCCAAAAUUCACAUUCAUUUUUUUGUUUGAUUUGUCACAUUUUCCACUAUGAUUUAUGUUCAGUUUAUAUAUUAAUAAUUUGCAAACUAAUUAUGCAUUUGUAAUCUGGAAACUCUUGUCUUUUUUUGAAUUAAUAAAAUUUAUGGAAAUAAAGGUA